ACAUCCCUGAGCAGCGGUAAAAAUGCAUCAGCUGUAUGUGCCAGGAUCACGAAGAUUCCGAUGUGUUCAUGUAUUACGUGCAAUGUAUUUAUUACAGGAAUAUUCUAAAAGUUAUUUUUCCAGUAAUGAAAGACUAAACGGGUCACUGCUGAUGUUAGCGGAGAAAGUGCGUUAGUACGGGAGGACGCGCGAGCACUGAUACAGCCACGACGACUCACACUUGUCCGCGCGUGACAUAUCCGGUUGCAGGUGCGGAGUCCGCAGUGUUACCUGGAACAGCCGGGCUAAUGGAGACGUGAACUCCCUCCCAGAAGACAAACAUUUCAGGUUAUGAAGCUUUGUGGAGGGCUCGCAGUGCUGUGUCUUUGGCUGGCAGAGGCCUUGGAAAAUUGCCCAGAUGUCUGCAGAUGUACCCAGAGGAGCAGCACAGAGAGGACUGAAGUAAACUGUUCUAGACGGAGGCUCCAGCACUUCCCGACAAAAUUCCCACUGGACUCAUGGAUCAUAAAAAUGGGUGAAAACUUACUCCAGGAACUCCCAGACAACAUCCUAAUCUCUGUACCCAAAAUUGAAAGCGUGAAUUUGGAGCGCAACUCGAUCAAAUCCAUCCAACCCCAGGCUUUCUCUUCUGCCAGUAGACUGAUGCUUCUGAACCUGCAUGGAAACCAGAUCAGCAGUCUCCCCUCGAAAGGCUUCAAAGACCUGCUCAACCUCCGCUUCCUCAUGUUGGGCCAGAAUCUGAUUUCCAGUCUCAAAUCUGAUAUCUUCAUUGGCAUGAGAAACCUCUCUGACCUUGAUCUGCCCAUGAACCUUCUUAGCACGCUUCCUCCCAAUGCUUUCAAGCCCCUCGUCGCUCUCAAAGUGUUGGAUCUUGCCAUGAACCGCAUCCAGAGGAUCUCCCCAAAAGCCUUCACCGGCCUCGAAGAGUUGCUCUUUCUCAACCUGGACAACAAUGUCUUGAAGAACAUUCAACCUGGGACGUUCAAGCCUGUAAGCAGCUUGGAGAUGCUGGUGCUGGACAACAACCUUCUUCCCACCCUGACCGCAUCCUCACUGGAGGGUCUGUCGAAUCUACAGGAGCUCUACGUGAGGAGCAACGAGAUGGAGAGGCUGCCAGCUGACGUGUUUCGCCACACCCCCAAGCUCACCCAGGUGGCCCUGAGUGGCAAUCGUCUUCACAACAUCGAUGGCAACAUGUUGGCCAUCGUUCGGGGACUGAAAGAAGUGUAUCUGCAUAACAACCCAUGGAAAUGUGACUGCAACAUCAACUCUCUGGUGCAGUACAUCGUCCAGACCAUGAGUAAUCACACUGCCCUGCAGAGGCUACGGUGUGUGAGCCCGGAGGAACACCGUGACAGACCAGUGCACACACUCACUCCCGAGCUGCUCUGUCAGGCUUAGAUAUCAUAUCAUGACACAAAUGUCCACCAAACCCUGCUGCAGAAGGUAGCAGAGAGCAAUAGCACGAGAUGUUCCGUAAUUGAAUGGUAAUGCCUUACAUAACUCCAAGCACAAGGACUUUGACAAGACAAUGAUAGGGGAACCCUUGCUACAGAUAAUUGCCAUAAUUUCCCUCCCACAUAAGCUUGUUAUUUCCAGGCCACCUGGAGGGAGAUAUUACAGUACAAUAUGCUCAUUUCUGAAAGCUCAGCUCCCCUCUUUAUGUAGUAUCAUCCUUAGAAUGUAUACUCUUCUUUUUUUUUAAACUUUCAGUAAUAUCCUUGCAUACUACUUGAUGAAUCUUCCUUUGCUAUUAUUUCAACUGCCAGUGUAAUAGAUGUCGAGGUGAGGACUCCCAGAUAGAGCCAGAAUGCUUUUUUCCUAAUCCGAAAUCUAACAUCACAUGUCAGAUUGAAUGGAAGAGUUCUAUUAAAUGUAUUCUGCUAA